CUGGUGUUCAUAGUUGGAAGUUUAAUCAGAGCGAAAAGAAAGUGAAACGUUGUACAUAUCUAUCAAGGUCAUUUGUGGAGCUUUGCAAUCACUAUUAACCUCAGUUAAAAUAAACUGUUACAGAAAACUCUUGUCGCAAAGAUGCUUGUUCCUAUCGCUUAUUUACUUCUUAUUGGCGGAGUAACAUGCUUGAAACGUCAAAAUGCUGGCAGUACUGCAUCUGAAUUGAAUGAAUUUAAUAAGAACUUAAACAAGAAUUUCCAAGAGUUGGACUAUGACAAUAAUGGACUUGUUGAACUGGUGGACUUUGAAAACCGCAUUCAAAGACAAGACUAUGAUAAGGAUGGCUGCGUUAGCUUUCAUGAGUUCUUAAGGAUACGACAGCACGAGUCUCUUAAGUUUGCAUGGUCUGUGUUUAACCACUUUGACCAUGAUCAUGAUGACUGUUUGGAAGUGCAGGAUGAGAUUGAAGAAUUUCAUGAAAUUGAUAUCAACCCAAAGGAUGGAGAAAUUUCUAUUCAAGAACUGGACACUUAUUAUGACAAGCUCUUCGAAAAGAUUAUGGUGUACGUCCACACUCCUUAGAGAUCAAACAUACUGAAAUUUUUGUUUGUUUAAAAAUGAAUCAAUCAGUUUGAAAUAAAUUUCAGAGAACUU